GCGCGCCUCUACCAACGCCCCUUAAAGGCGCCGCCAACGCCUCUGGAGCCGGGAAGAACCAAUUCUUCGGUUCCUGCCCCCAACUGCAGUAUGGAGUCGCCCCGGGGGCGGCCUGGGCCCGAGGCGGACCUUCUGGCUCUGGGGGAACAGCAAGCCUCGAUCAUCGGUGGCGGGCUGGGCCGAACGCCCUCUGAGCCGCCCUCAGGCCUCCGGUUAUCCGGGGAGGAAGAGGCCGAGAACGUUGGGGGCGCGAGCCGCCACCCCAGGACGUCCGCGAAGACUUCGAGCUGCAGCGUCGUCCACUGGCCGGAACGGGAGGCUCGGGAGGACGAGCCUGGCCGCGGAGGGACGCCGUCUGGGACGGGGAGCUGCCGGGGGGUGCCGGGUCUCGAGCACGACCCGCACGGGUCCUCCCGGCGCAAGGACCCUGAGCCGCCAGAGGACAAGCCUGCAUCCGAGAGGGCGUGCCGUCGAGGGAGCCCGGGAGGCGGCGGGAUGGAUGUUGAGCAGGAGGAGGAAGACGACGAGGAGGCGGCGGCAGCCGGCAGGGCUGGCCGCUCGUUCUCCAGCCGCCUUCAGGACAGCCGCAGCCUGGACGGGCUGAGCGGGGCGUGCGGCGGUGCCGGCUCCGCAGGGGGUGCCGAGUCUGGCGCGGGCGGCGGGCGUCGCGCCACCAUCUCCAGCCCCCUGGAGCUCGAGGGCACGGUGAGCCGCCACGGCGACCUCACUCACUUUGUCGCCAACAACCUGCAACUCAAGAUCCGUCUGAGCGGCGCCCCUCAACCCCCGCCCCCUCCCCCUGCGCGGCCCUGUUCAAUGUCCGCAGCCACUCCGGCCAUCCCCCCCAUCGACCCCGACGUGCUGCGGGACCUGGAGCGGCUGAGUCGGGAGCUGGGCGGCAGAGUGGACCGUCUGCUUCGUGGGCUGGGUGGCGCGGUGCAGGAGCUGACAGCGCUGAGCGUGGGCUGCAUCCAGACCUACCGCGACGCGGUGGACUCCCUAGGCGAAGCCGUGGACAUGAGCAUCAAGGGCAUGUAUACCCUGCUGGCGCGCUGCGAGGAGCUGGAACGGGCUCUGCAGCCGGUUCAGGGGCUGGCGCGCCAAGUCCGCGAUAUUCGACGCACGCUGGAGGUGUUGGAGGCCCUGUGCAAGUGACCAGGAGAGCAGGAGAGGCCAGGCCAGGCCAGGCCAGGGCCCAGGGGGAUCCUAAGGACUCUUCAAGGCCGCCCGCCGAGGGGAGGCCUAUUUAUUGGAGGCUUUUCCAGAUGCAUUUAGCAGGCCUGCAGACUACUCGCUGGGUGUUAUGCGAGUGUAUAUGGGAAAGUUCUAAAGGCUCUCCUGGUGGGAGAGGAUGAUGCUCUGCUUCUAUUCAGUUGGCCACCUGUAGUUACCUUGUUCUCCCCAACGCUCUUCCCUAGCUAGAGUACCAUCCCGGGGAACCCAGGGCUUUAGGUCUCAUGGUGGGAGACAUGACUGCCAUACGUGAUCAAGAAAGGAGAACAAAGGAGGCCCCAGCCCCCACUGUGGCCACCCUGACUCCAGUGGCCAUAUCUCAGGUGCCAGGGGCUGUGGGAGCUUGAGUGGUCCUUGGCCACACACCAUGUAGACAAGGAUGCACACCUGCAGAUGGAUAACCUCCUGCUUCUGCCUGCUGGCCCCCUAGCAUCCCACUUCCCCAGCCAGAACUGCAGUGGAGCUAGAAGGAAUGCAUUGCAUGGUAGAGGGAGUGAGUUGGGAGGGGUCUCACUGCUCUCAGGGUUCAGGUAGAAUUGUUGCCGGUUUUGAAGCCCACCUUGGUGGAGUGUUCUAAUCAGUUUUGGCUUUCUGAAUUUUUGUGGAAUUAAAGUGCUGCUGCUGCUCAG